CAGGAGAUAAACUGUACUCAGCCAAGUUUGCAAGAGUGAGAGGAAUUGGAGUGAUUAGAAGUUGAUUCACUGUAAAGGUUUAUUGAAGUCAAAAUGUCUCAAAAAAAUCCAUGGCGGUUCUGUGGUAGAGAUGCAAGGAGAUGAAAUGACACGAAUCAUUUGGGAGUUGAUUAAAGAAAAACUCAUCUUUCCCUAUGUGGAACUGAACCUGCACAGCUAUGAUUUAGGCAUAGAGAAUCGUGAUGCCACCAAUGACCAGGUCACCAAGGAUGCCGCAGAAUCUAUAAAGAAGUACAACGUUGGUGUCAAAUGUGCCACCAUCACCCCGGAUGAGAAGAGGGUUGAGGAGUUCAAGUUGAAACAAAUGUGGAAAUUGCCAAAUGGUACCAUCCAAAAUAUUCUGGGUGGCACCGUCUUCAGGGAAGCUAUUAUCUGCAAAAAUAUCCCCCGGCUUGUGACCGGAUGGGUGAAGCCCAUCAUCAUAGGUCGUCAUGCGUAUGGGGAUCAAUACAGAGCAACUGAUUUUGUUGUUCCUGGGCCUGGUAAAGUAGAGAUAACCUACACACCAAGUGAUGGAUCCCAAAAGAAGAUGUACCUGGUACAUAACUUUGAAGAGGGUGGUGGUGUUGCCAUGGGGAUGUACAAUCAAGAUAAGUCGAUCAAAGAUCUUGCACACAGUUCUUUCCAGAUGGCUCUGUCUAAGAGUUGGCCUUUGUAUCUGAGCACCAAGAACACUAUUCUGAAGAAAUAUGAUGGGCGUUUUAAAGACUUCUUCCAGGAGAUAUAUGACAAGCAGUACAAAUCCCAGUUUGAAGCCCAGAAGAUCUGGUAUGAGCAUAGGCUCAUCGAUGACAUGGUGGCCCAAGCUAUGAAGUCGGAGGGCAGCUUCAUCUGGGCCUGUAAGAACUACGAUGGCAAUGUACAGUUGGACUCUGUGGCCCAGGGUUACGGCUCCCUUGGCAUGAUGGCCAGCGUGCUGAUUUGUCCUGAUGGCAAGACAGUGGAAGCAGAGGCCGCCCACGGGACUGUAACACGUCACUACCGCAUGUACCAGAAGGGACAGGAGACAUCUACCAAUCCCAUUGCUUCCAUUUUUGCCUGGACCAGAGGGUUAGCCCACAGAGCUAAGCUUGAUAACAACAAAGAGCUUGGCUUCUUUGCAAAGGCAUUGGAAGAAGUCUGUAUUGAGACCACUGAGGCUGGUUUCAUGACCAAGGACUUGGCUGCUUGCAUUAAAGGUUUACCCAACGUGCAGCGUUCUGACUACUUGAACACGUUUGAGUUCAUGGACAAACUCGGAGAAAACUUGAAGAUCAAACUAGCUCAGUCCAAACUUUAAGGCCGUUCCUCAGCUGAGGAGGAGAAGCAUUUUUGGUAACUAGGUCCACUGGUUUACAUUUUUCUGUAUAACACUCAAGGGAAGGGCAAA